CGACGCUCGAGCUGCCACGUGUAGUUCGGAUACGACAAUCCUAUCCGGAUGACUUUAAAUUUCGGCGGAUGCCGAAAUUAGGACGCUUCCGGAAUCCCGAGAGCCGACACCGUCAUCAUCGCCGCCCUGCCUGCAGCAUGGCCCAGCACCUGCCGAAUGCGGGCGCGCUCUUCGAGCUCCACGAGCACAUCGUAAACAAGCGCCUCGACGAUGGACGCAUGUACGACGACGACCACCCGCUCGCGUACCCGCAGCAGUCGGCGACCGCCGCCAAGUACCGGCAAUGGCGGCUCUGCGACGACGUACUCUCCAAGUACAAGGAGAUUGCGCGGUCGGGGCAGCACAAGCAGCAGCAAGGCGCGUACAUCGAGGCGGUGCUCUGCACCGGCCGCGCACUCGCGCCGGCCAUCACCGCCCAAUGGGUGCACUGCCUCAAGCGCCAAGAAGCACAAGGUCAAUGCGCGCUCGUCACGCGCCUCCUCGAGCGCAGCCUCCGCGUCGAAGGCCAAGAGCUACUGCGGCACAUGGCCCCCGAGUUCCACCCCACGACGCUCUAGAUAAUACAACUUCACACAGAUAACAACAACGGCUUCUUGUCCAGCGGCUUAGAUGAAGGCUUACU